UCAAGCAACUCAGGGAGCUUAAAUCUUCUUAUCUAAAAAUGAAGGCAUUAAAAUCUACUGUCACAAGUAAAUGAACUAACAACACCCUGGCAAUUUGUCAAUUACAGUUCAGGUUUUCCUACCCUGGCACUGGUUUCCAAGAGGUUUCUGUUCUGAGUCCUGCCUAUCCACCCUCUACCAAAGUCAAUUCUUCUCCAUGAUAUCAAGCAUAAUCUCUUCAAAUGUGUUUGAACACUUAAAAAGCUGUAACACGUAGUUAACUUCAAGUGAGUUCUGUUUUCUGCUCUACAAAAAUCUUUAUGUUAUGACUGAUUUCUGGCUACUUGUUGAGUCUCCAGCUGAAUCAUGGACAGGACCAGUGAUGUGACCUGAACUCAGUAAUAAGGGAAUUAAAGUCUCAUAUAACACUCUGGGAGGUCAGUUCAUGAAGAGCUUUUGUUGGCUAAGGGGAAUUGAAGAAGAAAUCACAGAGAGGAGGAGCUUGAAGGAAGACUCCUGCUGAUUAUGAUAGCUUACAAUUGAUUACAAGAAUUGAUUCCUCUGAGACUCAUCAGAUCAUUUCCUGUAAAAUCCGUAUCUCUCUAUUUGUGAAAAAGAACCAGACCUCUUGGAAACCACUUUCAUCAGACUUGGGAGUUUGAAAGAAGCAGGUGCUGAACCUUAGUUUUUUCCCAGAACAAGAAAAAUGGGCUGCAAUCGAAACUGUGGGCUCAUCGCUGGUGCUGUCAUUGGUGCAGUCCUGGCUGUGUUUGGAGGUAUUCUAAUGCCAGUUGGAGACAUGCUUAUUGAGAAGAAAAUUAAAAAGGAAACUGUCCUUGAAGAAGGUACACUUGCUUUUAAAAACUGGGUUAAAACAGGCACAGAAGUUUACAGACAGUUUUGGAUCUUUGAUGUGCAGAAUCCAGAGGAUGUGGCAGUUAACAGCAGCAAAAUUAAAGUUAAGCAAAGAGGUCCUUACACGUACAGAGUUCGUUAUCUAGCCAAGGAAAAUAUAACCCAUGACUCUAAGACCCACACGGUCUCUUUCCUACAGCCCAACGGUGCCAUCUUUGAACCCUCACUAUCAGUUGGACCCGAGAAUGACACUUUCACUGUUCUCAACCUGGCUGUAGCAGCUGCACCCCACCUCUACCCAAACGUAUUUAUUCAAGGAGUACUCAAUUCACUUAUCAAAAAGUCAAAAUCUUCUAUGUUUCAAAAGAGAACUUUGAAAGAACUAUUGUGGGGCUAUAAGGAUCCAUUCUUGAGUUUGGUUCCAUACCCUAUUACCACUACAGUUGGUGUGUUUUAUCCUUACAACAAUACUGCAGAUGGAGUUUAUAAAGUUUUCAGCGGAAAGGAUGACAUAAGCAAAGUUGCCAUAAUCGACACAUAUAAAGGCAAAAAGAAUCUCUCCUAUUGGCCAAGUUAUUGUGACAUGAUUAAUGGUACAGAUGCAGCAUCAUUUCCACCUUUCAUUGAGAAGACCCAGGUAUUGCAGUUCUUCUCCUCUGACAUUUGCAGGUCAAUCUAUGCUGUGUUUGGAGCCGAAAUUAAUCUGAAAGGAAUCCCUGUGUAUAGAUUUAUUCUUCCAUCCUUGGCUUUCGCAUCUCCACUUCGAAAUCCAGACAAUCACUGUUUCUGCACAGAAAAAAUUAUCUCCAAAAAUUGUACUUCAUAUGGUGUGCUAGAUAUUGGCAAAUGCAAAGACGGAAAACCUGUGUAUAUUUCACUUCCUCAUUUUCUAUAUGCAAGUCCUGAAAUUUCACAACCUAUUGAAGGCUUAAGUCCAAAUGAAGAAGAACACAGCACGUACUUAGAUGUUGAACCUAUAACUGGAUUUACCUUACGAUUUGCAAAACGGCUGCAGAUCAACAUAUUGGUCAAGCCAGCAAGAAAAAUUGAAGCGUUAAAGGGUCUGAAGCAGAACUAUUUUGUGCCUAUUCUUUGGCUUAAUGAGACUGGUACCAUUGGUGAUGAGAAGGCAGAAAUGUUCAGAAGUCAAGUGACUGGAAAAAUAAACCUCCUUGGCCUGGUAGAAAUUACCUUACUCAGUGUUGGUGUGGUGAUGUUUAUUGUUUUUAUGAUUUCAUACUGUGCACGCCGAUCAAAGAGAGUAAAUUAAGAAGCAAAUGAGUCGACAUUUAUGCACCAGCUACAUGAGGACCUUUCUUAAUAUCGACCUACAAAAUGAAGAUUUAAUAUGCUUUAUGUUUGCAAAACACACCUUAUCUUACAGUUGAAGAACUGGCGGCACUUUUGUUCUCUGCACUGAGCAGCAGCAGCACGUUUCUAAAGGAUUAUUAAGAUGUCAUUAAAAUCCACACUUUGAACAAAAAGCAGUAACUUUUAAAAUUCAACAUGUUCACAAUGGAAUGGAUUUCAGUUUCUACAGAUGUGGCUUCAGCAUUAUCCAGUUAUUUUUAUUUGGUACUGAUUCGCUGAUUGGUUCCCUUUUGCUAAAUUCAGAAAAGGGGUGGAUGUUCUAAACAAAUCCUGGACCCUGAACUCUUGUCGUCCUCAUCAAAGGGAAAAACAUCACUACCCUCAUCAGUGUCCCUGCAAUACACAGACCCCAGGACUGUCAGGACAUUGCAUUUCAUGAGCAUGAGCCAUUUUGAAAGACGUUUAAAAAUGGAAACUAAAUGACUGGCCUAUGAACCAUUUAUUAUACAUUACUUAAGUUUCUUUCUCUAUGGAAUCCUUUGUACAGCAUCAGUAGGCACUAUAACCAUGCUGUUUAUAACAAUAUGGGCGUAUAUUUUUGUCAAUGAUCAUACAAAUGGACAUUUUUGGGACUGUCAUUUUUCCAUGUUCUGCAGUUCUUUUGGAAAUCUGAGUAGACUUUGAUCUUUUCACUCAGUUGUAUACAACUUAUGCUUGGCAACUUCAGAAUGCUGUGCUAGUAUUAAGAGAUGUAAAUGAUAAUACAGAAAUUAUUGUGUGGGAGAUUACAAAGAGUAGAACGUCCAUUCAUAGUUAUUUGUUGUGGUACUUCUUGCUUUUAUAGUCACCACAGAAAGACUGGUUUCAAACAUUAAAAGAUGUUCUUCCUUAAA